AUGGACGUCCCCGGCGGCCGGGCGUACGGGGAGGAGGAGGAGCUGGACCCGGCGGUGGAGUGGAGGCAGGCCGGCGACGACCAGGACGUGGUGGAGCUCCGGCUGCCGGGGUUCCGGAAGGAGCACGUGCGCGUGCAGGUCGACAACUACGGCGUGCUCCGCGUCACCGGCGGCCGCCCGGCCCGGGGCGGCCGCUGGAUCCGCUUCACCAAGGACCUCCGCCUCCCCGACAACUGCGACGCCGACGGCGUCCGGGCCAGGUUCGAGGACGAGAAGCUGCUCAUCAGCCUCCCCAUCGUCCCCGGCGCCGUCGCCGGCGGUGAGGCGGAGUCGGCCCACACGCCCACGCCGUCGCCCCCGGAGCCAUUGCCGAGGCCGGCGUUGCUGCCGCCGCCGUCUUCAGUGCCUCCUCCUCCACGUUUGCCUCCGCCUCCCGGGAAGCCCAGCUUCUUCGAGCCAAAGAUCCGGCCUCCGCCGGUGCCACCACCACGGGCGCCAUCAUCACGCUCACGUCCACUUCCUCCGUUUCCGGCUGAGCCCCCCACUGUUUUCGAGCCAAAGCCACCGCCGGUGGAGAAGCCCACUGCUUUCGAGCCAAAGGUCCGACCGCCACCGCCUCCAUCACCGCCGCCAAUAUCACGCCCACCUCCUCCAUUCUCGUCUAAGCCCCCCAGCUUUUUCGAGCCAAAGGUACCGCCGCCGCCUCCACCACCGCCGGCGCCAAAGCUCCGACCACCGCCGCCAAUAUCACGGCCACUUCCUCCGUUCCCGUCAAAGCCCCCCAGCUUUUUCGAGCCAAAGGAACCGCCGCCGCCUCCACCACAGGAGCCAGCACCGGCACCAUUGCCGUCGCGUCCACCUCCACCUCCGCCACCACGUGAACGUGCGCGGUUACCGUCGUUUCCACGACCACCACCACCCCCUCCUCCGGCGAAGCCCACUUUCUUCGACCCAAAGCUCUGGCUGCCGUGGCGGCAUUCAGAUCACGCUCGAGACACCCCUCCCGAGCCCACAUUAACAAAGCCCGCCACCACCACCGAACAGAAGCCCUGGGCACCGGCGAUCGUUCCUGGCCCAAGGACGGCCGAUCCGGAGCACGGGCCACCGCCAUUGCCACCUCCAAAACAGAGUACAGCCACUCUGCUUCAGCCCAAGUCACCCCCGCUGUCAGAUAUACCAAUCGGCGUCUCAUCUCCAUCGCCGCCUCCACCACCACCACCACCACCACGGCCGCCUAGUCAUCGUCUCCCGGAAGCAAAGGCGAGGACGAAGAAGAAGCAUCGCAAGGUGCAAGAUGAAGACGGCAAGGUAAGGUUGCCAUUGCUGGAGGAGAUGAAGAGGCAAGAGGAGAAGAAGAUGGAGGGCAAGAAAGCGAUGGAGGCGGCCAACUGUGGAAGACAGCCGGCUAAGCACGACAAUAUGGAAGUGUCACCGAAGCUGCUGCCGGCGAGCGAGGAUCCAGGGACGCCGCCCACGACGGAGCUGGUGACGAACAUGGCAGCCGCGGUGGUGGUGCUGGUGGGGAUCGCGCUGUCAGUUUGGCGCACCAUGAGCAGCAGUUAA